AUGGAGCCCGGCGCAGACGAGGUGGCGUUCGAGUCCCCGGCGCAUUUCCGCAUCUACAAGAGCGGGAGGAUCGAGCGCCUGAACCGGCCUCCUGUCCUUCCGGCCGGCCUCGACGAGGCCACCGGUGUCACCUCCAAGGACGUUGCCCUGGACGCUGACACCGGCCUUUCCGUACGCCUCUACCUCCCCAAGCUCCAGGAACCAUCCAAGAAGCUCCCGGUCCUCGUCUACUUCCACGGCGGCGCGUUCCUCCUCGAGUCGGCCGGCUCCGCCACGUACCACACCUACGUCAACCCCCUCGCAGCCGCCGCGGGCGUCCUGGUGGUGUCCAUGAGCUACCGCCUGGCACCGGAGCACCCGCUCCCGGCGGCCUACGAGGACUCGUGGGCGGCGCUCCAGUGGGCGGCGUCGGCGCAGGACGAGUGGAUCGCCGAGCACGGCGACAUGGCGCGGCUCUUCCUCGCCGGCGACAGCGCCGGCGCAAACAUCGUGCACGACAUGCUGAUGAGGGCGUCCGGGUCCGGCGACGGCGGGCCGGGCAUCGAGGGCGCCAUCCUGCUCCACCCGUGGUUCGGCGGGAACGCGCCCAUCGAGGGGGAGCACGAGGGCGCUGCAGCGGCCACCACUGGGCUCUGGACUUACGCGUGCCCGGGGGCGGUCGACGGCGCCGACGACCCGAGGAUGAACCCUCUGGCGCCGGGGGCGCCGGCGCUGGAGAAGCUCGGGUGCGCGAGGAUGCUGGUGUGCGCAGGGAAGCAGGACGCGCUCUACGUGAGGGACCGCGCGUACUACGAAGCCGUGGCGGCCAGCGCGUGGCCCGGGGACGUGGCGUGGCUCGAGUCCGAGGGAGAGGAGCACGUCUUCUUCCUCCCGAAGCCCGAGUGCGAGAACGCCAAGCAGCUCAUGGACCGCGUCGUGGCCUUCAUAGCAUCCAAGCCGUCAUUGAAGAUUGAAGUUGUGGGCAAGUUUCUCUCAUUGAUAAAUAAAUAG